CGCUUCCCCUUGUCGUGAGGCGGCCCUGAGGGAGCGCGGCCGCUCGCCUGCCGCCGCAGCCCAGCCCGACCGUCCGUGCGCUCGCCAGCCAGCCCGAUAGCCCAGCCCAGCCCAGCGAAGCCCGGCGCGGCGGCGGCGGGGUCCGGGCUCCUCACCCGCCCCCGAUGACUGCGGCAAACUGCGGCGGCGCCCACGACGAGUUCGACUUCAGGCUUAUCUUCGGCGAGGACGCGCAGCAGCCGGGCCCGGGGCCGCCGCCGUCGCCACUGCCACGGCCGCCUGGGCCUGCCGCCGCCGCCGCCGCCGCCGCCUCAGCAGCAGCAGCAGCAGAUCUUGAACCUGAUGAUUGUGCAUCUGUGUGUAUCUUCAGCAUAGACCACUCAUCAUCUCUAAACCAUCCUAUUUGUAGCCCUUGUCAUGGGUUUCAGUCACACCCUUCUCCUUUGUCUUCACCUAGUAGACUGCAGGGUCAUAAAAGCUAUGAAGGAGCAUGUGAAGUACCUGAAUCCAAAUACAGUCCCCUAGGUGGUCCCAAGCCCUUUGAGUGCCCGAGCAUUCAAAUUACAUCUAUCUCUCCUAACUGUCAUCAAGGAAUUGAAGCCAGUGAAAAUGAAUUGCACACAAAUGGCCCUCAAAAUGACUAUAUGGAAAGGCCUUCAAGGGAUCACUUGUAUCUUCCUCUUGAGCCAGCUUAUAGGGAAUCAUCCCUUAGUCCAAGUCCUGCCAGCAGCAUUUCCUCCCGGAGCUGGUUCUCAGAUGCUUCCUCUUGUGAGUCAAUGUCUCAUAUUUAUGAUGAUGUGGAUUCAGAACUGAAUGAAGCCGCUGCUCGGUUUACCCUUGGGUCACCUUUGGCAUCUCCGGGAGGUUCUCCAAGGGGCUGUCCAGUAGAUGAACCUUGGCAACCACCAUAUGGAUUCGGGCAUGCCUUGUCACCUAGACAAUCUCCUUGUCAUUCUCCUAGGACUAGCAUCACAGAUGAAAAUUGGCUUAGCCCUAGACCAACCUCAAGACCAUCAUCAAGGCCUACAUCACCAUGUGGGAAGCGGCGCCAUUCUAGUGCCGAGAUCUGUUACAUUGGUUCACUUUCUCCUCACCAUUCUCCAACUCCAUCACCAGGACACUCUCCUAGGGGAAGUAUAACAGAAGAUACAUGGCUAAAUUCGUCUUUCCAUGGUCCGACUUCUGGCCUCUCACCUUUUCAGUGUUGUGCAGAGACCGACAUCCCUCUCAAAACAAGAAAGACCUCUGAGGAUCAAACUGCCAUCAUAACAGGAAAAAUAGAGCUUUGUUCUGAAGAACAGGGUAGCUUAUCACCAUCCAUUGAAACUGCAAUAGAUGAUAGCUCGGGAUCGCAACAUGCAUUAAAAAAAGACUUGUCUGGUGACCAAUUUCUUUCUGUUCCUUCACAUUUUACCUGGAACAAACCAAAGCCUGGCCAUACUCCUAUUUUUCGCACAUCUUCAUUGCCUCCUUUAGACUGGCCUUUGCCAGCUCAAUAUGGACAGUGUGAACUGAAAAUUGAAGUACAACCAAAAACUCACCAUAGAGCACAUUAUGAAACUGAAGGGAGUAGAGGGGCAGUAAAAGCAUCUACUGGUGGGCAUCCUGUAGUGAAGCUCCUCGGAUAUAGUGAAAAACCAGUAAACCUACAGAUGUUCAUUGGGACAGCGGAUGAUCGUUACUUACGGCCACAUGCCUUUUACCAAGUGCAUAGAAUCACAGGGAAAACAGUUGCUACAGCAAGUCAAGAAAUAAUUAUUGCUAGCACAAAGGUUUUGGAAAUUCCACUUCUUCCUGAAAACAAUAUGUCAGCCAGUAUUGAUUGUGCAGGUAUUUUGAAACUCCGUAAUUCAGAUAUAGAACUUCGUAAGGGGGAGACUGAUAUUGGAAGGAAAAAUACAAGAGUGCGACUUGUCUUUCGAGUACAUAUCCCACAGCCUAGUGGAAAAGUCUUGUCCCUUCAAGCUGCAUCAAUACCUGUUGAAUGCUCUCAGAGAUCUGCUCAAGAACUUCCUCAGAUAGAGAAGUACAGCAUCAAUAGUUGCUCAGUGAAUGGAGGCCAUGAAAUGGUUGUUACUGGAUCUAACUUCCUUCCUGAAUCCAAAGUAAUAUUUCUUGAAAAGGGGCAAGAUGGACGGCCCCAGUGGGAGGUGGAAGGAAAAAUAAUUAGAGAGAGGAGUCAAGAGGCUACAAUUGUUCUUGAAAUCCCUCCAUAUCACAACAAAGCAAUUACAGCGGCUGUGCAGGUGCAGUUCUACGUUUGCAACGGCAAGAGGAAAAAAAGCCAGUCUCAACGUUUUACUUAUAGUCCAGUUGCACUGAAACAAGAGAACAGAGAUGACUUGGAUUUGUCUUCAGUUCCCUCACUGUCCCUGCCUCAUUGUACAGGCGUUAAAGGACUCUCUUCUCUCCAAACUCAGCUGCCUUCACCAGAUUCAGGACUCUCACAUGACAGUUUACUUUCUACUUCACCCAGGAGCCUUGUAUGCCCAGUCCAACAAACGUACACUCCCAUGGUCUCCUCUGCAGUAUCCCAGUUGUCACACAUCCAAGCUAGGAGCAUUAGUCCAGGUGAAGAGCAUCCGGUUCUGUCUCCAGCUGUAGUCCACCAGUCUUUUCAGGUAACAUCAGCUUCUUCUGUGAGGCCUUCCUACCAGCCUAUGCAAUCUAAUGUUAUGUUUAAUGGACAGUCUGGUCUUCCCAUGAACUCUGCCUCCUCCAGCCAAGGAUACGAUGCAAUGUCAUUUCAACAAGAUGCAGCUGUACCUCCAUUGAUAAACCUUGGCUGCCAGUCUCUACCACAAAUGCCGUAUCAUUCAUCAGAUCCAGGUUCGGUGUCAGCUUCUGUUGCAACAGGGGGGCAUCCUUCAGCACAUUCAGCUCGUUCAAGACAAUCAUCACCUCAUCUACAAGCAAUGGGGUACCACUGUCCAAAUCCCCAGCAAAAUUCUGUCUCUUCUGCAAUGACUCAGUCCCUUGGACACCCUUCCACACCAUUGCAGCAAGUCACAUACCAUUCUCCAAAUCCGGGUAACACUUCAUCACCAUCCCCCAAAUCUUCACAUUCUUUGGUCCAUUCACCACAAUCUGGGCCAUCUUCUCCACAGUUGCAGCCUAUGCCUUACCAGACCCCUAGCUCAGGACCUGCCUCAUCUCCUCCUCCUCCUACUGUUAGUCAUACUGGUCAACAGUCCCCACAAGCGCAUAGCCCAAGUUUGGGAGGAAUUGCUGCAGCUUCAUCCUUGUUGCAUCAGAACAUGUGUGAUGCAUCUCCAUUUUCAUCAGAGGGGUCAACUGUUAAUGUUAAACCUGAACCCGAAGAUCGAGAGUUAAAUUUUCAGACAAUGGGGCUCCAGGACAUCACCUUAGAUGAUGUGAAUGAAAUAAUAGGACGAGACAUGUCUCAGAUCUCCGUGUCCCACGGAGUGGGAGUAGCCAUCCAUUCUCCACAUACGUGCUCUGCAUCGUUGGAGGCAGGAAUAUCGGAUGGAGUUUAAUAACAACUGAACUUGUGAUUGAAGUGACCCAGAAAUCUUCGCACUUUUCCUCUGAAUGAUGCUUCACCCCCUCUUUAGAUGUGCUGUGCUUCCGACUUUGUGGCCUUGAUGAUCCAGACAGUGGAUCCUUAAAGAACUGUUUUGGCAGGGUGGGGAAGGGGUUGUACUUCUAAUUUAGGAACACAGCAAUCUAAUUUUAGCUUUUUAGGAUGCUGAAAAAGAAUCUUUAUAAGAAAUGGACACAAAGAAGCAAGACAAGCUACUCUGACCUUGAAAAAAAGAUACCAAUGAGCUUUGCUUGUUUUGUGCAUAUAGUAGACUUCUUUUAUAUUAAGUGCUUAAUCGUAUGGAGAAAUUUAGUUUUGCUCUCAAUAUGCACAUUUCUGAAUGUGGGGAUUUUUUUAAAAAAAUACACAUCUUCAUAUGCUGCUUUUCCUUAGGAGAGAGAUUAGGAUUGUAAUAGAAAUUUGUACACCUUUGAGUGGGAGGUCUUUUUGAAGAGCCUUUAAGCUUAUGUUGUUUAAAAGAGAACUUUUUUAUAAUCAAAUCUUCCAGAGACACAAUUAUACCUGUCAUCUUAAGCCAAUGCCUUUGGAAGUCUUGUGUCUAGAAUAUUAUUAGCAUUUUCUUUGGAUUUUUAGGAAGCAAAGCCAAAUAGGUCUGUGUUCUUCAUACAUUAAAACCUUUGGUAGGCUGCAAAGAGACCAUUCCACCAUGAAAAUAUUGGGAUAGAAAUGACAUUCCAAAAUCUAACUUUUAUGACUUUGUAAUCCAUGCUAGCACAGGCCUCUUUUAAUAGAAACAGCUUUGCUUACUCAGAUCAAUUUCUAGAAAUGCUCAUUUUUAAAAGGCAAUUAAGGUUUUUGGAUAUAUACAUAAAAUGGCAUGCUAUAAAGAGACAUUUUGGUCAGAAUUAUUUUAAAUUAGGGUUAUCGCCACUGUUUUCAAAUCCCUCAGGUAGGGGUUUUCUCUCAAAUCAUGUUUUAUUUUUCUGCUAGAACUGAUUUUUAUCUCUUGUUACUCACAUUUGCAUCUUCAAAUGUUUCUCACGGCAUUGUGGCACUUGUGUUCACAGGCAUUUCUCCUCUGUGAUGGGGUGGAUAGCAUGCAUCCCCCCAGGGGGCUUGGGCUGCAGCUGCGGUCGUCCCUCAUUCAUGGGGAUUGUGUUGGGGGUGGCAGGCCAGGCCCUCUGGGGGAACACAAGUAGUGCACCCCUGAUCUAAGGAGUCCCAGUUAUAGUAAAGGGAAUGUAACAGGUUUGACAGGUCAUUGGAAUAUAUUGCAGUUAAUUGAACAAGUCUUGCAGCCGUCACACUGUAACAGAGUCACCAGUGCCGCUAACAAAGACAGCUUACUGUAGUUGGCAACAGUCGGAGGCACAAUCCACCGCAGGCACCUCCAAAACCAGUGGGGCUUGCGCCUUCUGCAAUGACUUGCACUUCCAGCAGCCCACGCCCUCCAGGAAUAAUGUUUACAAUGAUGCCUUUGCAUUCUCAGGCCUCUCUGAAUUAAGGGGGCGGAGGGAACCCCAAGAAUGGAACUGCAGCUGUCAGGUGGGGCACCAUUUCAUGUUUGUAUUUCUCACGGCGGCUUGUCUGAUCACAGAAUUUGGCUGAUACGAAAUCCAGAUGUUUAAGAUGAGAUUCCCAAUAGUUAAAGGAUUUCUUUUGAACUGUUUUAGUCAAAUGUUGCUGCAAAAAUUGGAAAAUCAAGCUUAUUCCACUUGAGCUAACCACGUGGAGCAGGAGGCUGUAGAUUGGAAUGGACAUUAAGGCUGCAAUCCAAAGUGUGUUUAGGGAGAAAACCAGCCUAGUGCAACCCAUGCCGGGAACUGAAGCCUUUUUUCUGUGUUAACAUGCAUAGGAUCCUGCCCUAAGAAGAUUUGCUUUAAAAAGCCAUGGGGGUAAGAUAAAACUUGUCCUGUUGAGGGGGUUUUUCCCCUUCAGUGUAUUUGCAUUGUAACAUAAGGUCUUAAGUGCAGCUGAAGUUUUGAUUUGUUGGAAGGACAGAAGCAAGAUGGGCUUUUAAGUCACAUAUCGGACUUUAAAGCCUGGGAACUCUCCAGCAACAAUGAAUGGGAAACCCAGUGCACUUUAAGCAGUCUUCCCUCCUGUGAGAGCACCAUUUUGGUCUUCAAUUUACGUAACCUCCCUGUUGUAAAAUAAAACAUAGCAGGUUCAGGUGUGUUUGCUCAGUUUCGGAACUGAACAGUGCCUGUCCUUUUUAACCACAACAAAGCAACUCCUAUAAAGUUUAGAAUUAAUAUUGAAGCAUGGUAAUUUUAGAUGACUUAUCAAAGCUAAUGUGUGGGUGUUUUGCUAGGACCUGCAUUGCAAGUGCAGAAAAGUAAUUUGUCAUCAUAUUCUUGUUGCAACUAGGGGGUUUCACAUUUGGGAAGCCCUUAAAUUAUGCAAUGUUAUUCCUCCCCCCUCCCUUCUUCCAGACAGGUCUGCAUUUUCUCUUGAGAUAUGUAACAUUCUCAUUUGUUCUGUGAUUUUUAGAAUGUCAUGUAUAAAAAUUAGAAAUCAAAGGAGCAGCUCUCUCUCAAUUGGAUAAGGUGGUCUCUCUAGUGUUUCUCUGCUAGCAAAUCUGUCUUCUGUUCAUUGAGUCUGAACAGUUUUAAAAGAAGCUGAAGUAUGGCUAGUUACACUGUAGCACUUCUCUCCUUUUUAAAUAAUCCAAGCCUUCUAUGUACAUUUUGUGGCGGCAGGGGCAGCUGUAUUAACAGUUUUCACUCCUUUUAAUGGGUCUGCAGUAACCGACGGUUGCAGGGCGAUCUCAUGUCUCAGAGCUUUCUGUACUCUGUGGGGUUUCAUGGUCCCUGACGGGGUGUGGCACACCCUCUUCUCCCUUCUAGGUUGUUCUUGAGUAGUUUGGAUUUAUAUUGUAGCUAAAAUGUGGGAACCCAAACAAUCCCGAGUUGCUAUGCACUAAGUGAGCAAUCCACCUAGUACUGCAGUAUUACAGCCUCUCUCCAUUUCAGCAAGAUUUGCAUAGGAGCCCCUUGUAAAUGCCUUCUGAAAACUCUGGAGAUUUUGCAGCAGCGGAGCUGGUGGAUUGUUCACAAAAUCUUCUGAUGCCUUUAAAUACCUUGAUGCCUGUAGACGUAGAAAUGCUUUCCUAUUUAAAAUAAAAAUAUAGACUUUGGGUACUAAAAUGGUUGUAUUUGCCUUGUAAAAGCUUCAGUACAAGGGUCUUAAUUUUAUUUUAUUUUUUGCUUGUGUGAUGCUAUAGUUAAGACUGUUAAUCUUGUAUAAUGUAGUGGAUAUAAAAGCACACGAUCUCCAUUGACUAUGCAACUUACAAUUUUCAGCAGCGGCCUGUGACUGGCUUCUACCUUGCUAGCCUCUCUCGCCUCCAGAUCUACAAUUGCUUUCUAUGCUGGUGUCCAAUUUUUAAAAAUAUGAUAGGAAGCCCAAAUAAAUUAACAUCUUUUGGAGUAAGAUUGGAGGCUUUCAGACGAGGGGGCAGUCAGUGGCCCAUUUGAUAUGGGUUGUAAAAGUAGUUUUAGUUUUACCAAAGUUUGACCACAAUCUGGCACCUAUUGUAAUAAACUGUCCAUCAGAAAAAUGGAACUGCCAUCCUUUAUAAACCAAAGAUUAAAAAUGAAGAACACAAAUUUUGUUUGAAUCCAAACAAAUCUUGGAAAACUCUAUUUUUGAUACGCAGAAUGAAUGUCAUUCCUUGAGGUUUGGAGAUUGUUCAAAUUGAAGUUUUAUAUUUAACUAUGUGGGACAAUGAUUUAAGACUAAAGGUUACAUUCUAGAUGUUUACAGAGCCUUGUAUUGUAAUUUCAUGUACAUUUUGUGUAUUAAACCUUUUGUAAGUUAUGAUUGCAGUGCUUACAUGCAGAAGUACAAAGGGAAAGACAUGCAUUUUAGGCUCUUGAAUCAUAAGUGUUGAAAUAAACAAGAAAAGUCA